AUCCCACAACAACUGCUGUCCUCUGUUCCCUCUGUUCUAAUUAGCGGAUGGUAGUUCUCCCAAACAGAUGAUCGAUUGCUGGCCAGUAUGGAUACAGUGUUCUUGUCAGUCUAAACAGAACAUUCAAGACACAAAAAUGCCAGAGUAAAGAUGGGAGACUGGAACUUUCUUGGUGGGAUUUUAGAGGAGGUGCAUAUCCACUCCACCAUGGUGGGGAAGAUCUGGCUGACCAUCCUCUUCAUCUUCCGCAUGCUGGUGCUUGGUGUAGCGGCGGAGGAUGUGUGGAACGACGAACAGGCUGACUUCAUCUGCAACACCGAGCAGCCUGGUUGCCGCAACGUGUGCUAUGACAAAGCCUUCCCCAUUUCCCUCAUCCGAUACUGGGUGCUUCAGGUCAUUUUUGUUUCAUCCCCCUCGCUGGUAUACAUGGGCCAUGCUCUCUACCGUCUCCGAGCCCUGGAAAAAGAACGGCAGCGGAAAAAACUGGCGCUGAGACGUGAACUGGAAGCCGUGGACAUAGAGAUGGCCGAGGUGCGACGCAAAAUAGAGCGUGAGCUUCGGCAGAUCGACCAAGGGAAGCUAAACAAAGCUCCCCUGAGAGGGUCUCUUUUACGCACCUACGUGGCACACAUAGUCACUCGCUCUGCCGUGGAGGUGGGUUUCAUGACCGGACAAUAUGUUCUGUAUGGGUUUCAACUAAACCCGCUCUACAAAUGUGAGCGGGAGCCCUGCCCGAACGCAGUGGAUUGCUUUGUAUCUCGACCCACUGAAAAAAGCGUCUUCAUGGUGUUCAUGCAAUGCAUAGCUGCCAUCUCAUUGUUUCUCAACAUCCUGGAGAUCAUGCACCUGGGCUACAAGAAGCUUAAAAAGAUAAUUUUGAACUACUACCCCCAGCUGAGGGACGAUCUCGAUGACAGCUACUAUUCUAACAAGUUGAAGAAAGAUUCUGUGGUGCAUCAGACAUGCAUUGGCACCUCCACGGGCCGGAAGGCCACAAUUGCUUCAGCACCGAGUGGAUACAACCUUCUUCUCGAGAGACCACCUGAUGGAAGUGCCUACCCACCUUUGAUCAACCCGUCCUCUGCUUUCUUGCCCGUUCAGAGCGAUAUGCAAGCCAAAAACGGUUCUGAUGCACCUAAGUACUCACAGAACAGUCCCACGGAGCACAACAGUAAUUCCAACAACACCAGCAGCGAUACGCGCUCACCGCCUUGCAACUCUGUCACUCCGCCAAAGCACGAUGAAGGAGAAGAUGCUAUCCACCCUCCACCUCUGCUCAAGAAAGGCCAGGAGUCUAAGAGUUCAGACGUAUCGAGCCACCCCAGGGAGUCUUCUCACACGUCAUCCGGCGUGGGAAAGAAGCCAUGGAAGGUCAGCGCACCCUGGAACUGCUCAACGGUCGUGGAAGGUAAUGGCUCAGACACGGAUUCCUUGGAAGGCGCUAAGGCCCGCUGUCCCUACACUGCUGUGCGAGCUCGUACUUCAUCAAGGUCUGAUUCCAAAAUGAGCAGGCCCACCUCUCCUGAUUCAAUAGAAGAAUCCAGCUCUGAAUCACGACAUAGUCCACGAGCGUCACCGAGUCAUCGUGCCUCGCUAGCCAGCAGUUCAAGUAGCAGAAGAGCAGCUCCUACAGACCUGCAGAUAUGAGAAAAAGUCAAUAUAAAAGAUGGUAGCCAUGUAAUUUUUACAAUCUAUGUAAAACGAACAUCUAUGUCAACAUCUACACUCAACUCUAUAGUUGCUGCACUCCUUAAUGCUUUGUUUGUGUUCUGUUUUUACAUAUCAAUUUAGCCAGUAUAUUUCAUUAACAGUAGUAUGACUACAUGUAUGAUUAUUUAUGCCUUUUUCUUAUCUGGACAUUUCUCUUUUUGAGUGCUUCCUGCAU